UGUGAUUAACAGGAAUUGAGAGCUCUUUCUCUCUCUAAAGUCUAACCCUCUAUCUCUCUCGAAGGCGCGAAUUCGGAAACAAUUGCAGAGGGCGAAGACGGAAAAAGUUGCAGAACUCCAACUCCAGCUUCACGUCCACAAAUCCACCAUUAACAGAGAAGCAGCACUAACGACGAGCAAAAAGCACAGUAGACGACAACUCAACACAUUACAUUGCGGAGGAGUGUGAGAAAAAGGGUCUUAAAGUAGAUUUUGUGGCAUGGCAUCAACAACCCCCACCCAAGCUUCUCUCCCCACCCAAAGGUUAUUAGGAAGAGUUGCACUGGUCACGGGAGGUGCCGCUGGCAUCGGAGAGAGCAUCGUGCGUGUCUUUCACAAACAGGGUGCAAAAGUUUGUAUAGCUGACAUUCAAGAUGACCUGGGCCAGCGCAUUUGUGAAAGUCUUGGUGGUGGCCUGGAUAUUUCCUUUUGCCAUUGUGAUGUAACCAUCGAAGACGAUGUCAAGAAUGCAGUAGACGUCACUGUAGAUAGGUAUGGUACUCUCGACAUAAUGGUGAACAAUGCUGGGACGGCUGGCCCACCUCGCCCAGACAUCCGUGAAGUUGAACUCUCGUUAUUUGAGCAGAUCUUUGAUGUCAAUGUGAAAGGUGUUUUCAUUGGUAUGAAACAUGCAGCUCGUAUAAUGAUACCUGCCAAAAAGGGCUCGAUAAUAUCUCUUGCCAGCGUCGCAAGUGCCGUAGGGGGCAUUGGCGGACAUGCAUACACAGGAUCCAAGCAUGCGGUUGUAGGGCUGACGAAGAGUGUUGCAGCUGAGCUAGGAAAACAUGGGAUACGCGUCAACUGCGUGUCGCCUUAUGCCGUUGCGACGCCCAUGGCUCUAGCCCACUUGCCUGAGGAGGAGAGAACUGAGGAUGUAUUGACCGGAUUUCGUCGUUUCGCCGAGGCUAAUGCUAACCUGCAGGGCAUUGAAUUGACAACAGAGGAUGUCGCCAAUGCCGUGCUCUUCUUGGCCAGCGACGAGGCUAGGUACAUAAGCGGCGACAAUCUCAUGGUUGAUGGUGGCUUCGCAAGUUCAAACCACUCCCUCCGGGUAUUCCGAUGAAGAUACUCUCUAUUGUCCAUGUUGUAACUCUUGUAAGAAUGAAGAAUGAAUUGUCUCCAACAACUUUUUGUAAUUUUUAUGCAUCCGUAUUGCCUUCAGGAAAUUUCAUGCUGGGUUCAAGAGCCGACAGACCCCAAGGAAACAAUUCAACAGUUGAACCCAAGUGUUCUGUGCACACAAGUCAAUGUUAUAGGGAAAAUGCAAUUUGCCCUAGAAAAUAAAAUAGUAAUUUAUCUUCUUGUUUUAUAAAAAA